AUGGAGACUUCAGGAUCCUUCUCCCAAUCUGAAGACAUCAGUCGAGUCCACAAAAAAACAGAAGACCUAGAUGAUGGAGAGACAGAUUUCCAUAAGCAAGAUGAGAAGGCCGGAGUCUUAAGCCAAAAACAAUACGACAGAGACAAAUCUUCCCCUUCCUCCUCUUCAUCCUCCUCGUCCUCUUCAUCCUCCUCCUCUUCUUCCUCCUCCACAGAGAGCAGUGAUGAGGGCAAGCACCACAAAGGAACCAGAAAACGGCGACGGAGCCGGGCGGCUGGACACCCCGCCAGCGAUGGCUCCCCCGGUGCUGCCAGUGAGGAACCUGACGUUUUAAAGGAUGAGCUUCAACUCUAUGGAGAUGCCCCUGGAGAUGUGGUGCCCUCUGGGGAAACAGGACUCCGAAGGAGAGGCUCAGACCCAGCAAGUGGAGAAGUGGAGGCCUCUCAGCUCAGAAGACUGAAUAUAAAGAAAGACGAUGAGUUUUUCCAUUUCGUCCUCCUGUGCUUUGCCAUCGGGGCCUUGCUGGUGUGUUACCACUAUUACUCAGACUGGUUCAUGUCCCUCGGGGUCGGCCUGCUCACCUUCGCCUCCUUGGAGACAGUUGGCAUCUACUUUGGGCUAGUAUACCGCAUCCACAGUGUCCUGCACGGCUUCAUCCCCCUCUUUCAGAAGUUUAGGCUGAUGGGGUUCAGGAAGACUGACUGAGGCUGCUGCCAGGUGGCAUCUGAGCCACCCCCAACUCUGACCACCAUUGCAACCCCUGAGGACAAGGACAACACAGCGUCCUGGG